GUUAACAUGGCAAGUUUAAUGUUCCAAUAUUUUUGUUUUUUGGUUUUGUAUGCAACCCUUCUCGAUCCAACGGCCCACAGCUGCCCGGGUACGCUAUACCUGCCACAAAAACAUGUUGCCUUAUUCAUCUUCGGGGAUUCAUUUUUCGAUGCUGGAAACAAUAACUAUAUCAACACCACUACCGCUAGCCAGGCAAAUUUUAGUCCCUACGGUGAAACCUUCUUUAAGUACCCCACCGGUAGAUUUUCCGAUGGCCGUCUAAUCCCAGAUUUCAUUGCUGAGCAUGCAAAGUUACCGUUGAUUGCACCGUUUCUAGAUCCUCGUAAUCAUCGUUAUACUGAUGGGGCAAACUUCGCAUCAGCCGGAGCUGGUGCUCUCCUUGAAACUCACCAAGGAUUUGUGAUAGACCUAAAAACUCAACUAAGUCUUUUCAAGGACUUAGCAAGGCUGCUUAGGAGGGAAUUGGGCGACAAAAAAGCCAAUAUGUUAUUGGGAAGAGCAGUUUAUUUAUUACACAUUGGAGCAAACGAUUAUGGAGUCUUUCCCACUACAAAUUCCAAUGUUCUUUCUCCAGAAGAAUAUGUAAAUAUGGUGAUCGGCAACGUGACAAUUGUGAUCAAAGAAAUACAUAAGGAAGGAGGAAGGAAAUUCGGGUUUCUGAGCAUGCAGCCAUUGGGUUGUCUCCCAUGCAAGCGUGAGAUAACCCCAAAAACGGGAAAUAAUGGUGCAUGCGAAAAGGAAAUUACAACACUAGCAAAGCUGCAUAACAAAGCUUUUUCUGAAGUCCUUGAAAAGCUAGAGCGGCAACUCAAUGGAUUCAAAUAUUCAGUAACAAAUUGGUACACUGCUUUUAGUGAAAGAAUCAAUAACCCGUCAAAAUAUGGGUUCAAGGAAGGGAGGAUUGCAUGCUGUGGAAGUGGUCCGUACAGAGGAAUAAAUAGCUGUGGUGGAAAGAGGUCUGUGGAGAGGUUUGAAUUAUGUGGGAAUGCUAGUGAACAUGUGUUCUUUGACUUUUCUCAUCCAUCCGAAAGGGCAAACCAGCAAUUAGCUGAGUUGAUGUGGAGCGGAACUCCCGAUAUUACUAAACCUUACAAUCUCAAAGCUUUGUUUGAGCUCUGA